ACAGAAAAGGAGAACAAUUUCUUAAAUAUAUGUGUAUAUACAACUGUAGUAUAGAAUAAGCUGGAGGAAGAUAAUAACAUACUUAUCCACUACACACAAAAUAAAAUCAGAAGUAACUUUUCUUCUUUCAAUAUUUGAGACGAUGAAUAACUCAACUUGGAACAAUUCUGACUCUGGACCAACAUACUAUAGUCCGAUUAUAAUAUCACUUCAGAUUAUAUUAGGGACACUAAUGAUAUUCACAAACUCAUUGGUCAUAAUGGCCGUCAAGCGCUACAAGAAACUCCAGACAGUUUCAAAUCUGUUCCGCACCCAUUUAGCCGCCAGUGAUAUCACAUUUGGAAGUAUGCUAGUACUGAGGGCGCUUUUAGCAAGCACUGGGUAUUUGGACAUGCCAUAUGUAUGUUUGUUCAUUUUGAUUAUACUCAUCACAUCAGGGUGCGCCACAGCCACAGGAAUUUUUCUCUUGUGGCUCGAGAGUUUCUUGUUGACAAAACGAUCACAUAAUCACCAAGGUGCGUUUAGUAAGAGAACUGCUACAAAGAUGAUUUUCGCUACAUGGGGAAUAUGGACAGUUUAUGGAUUUCUUAGCUUGGCUUUUUUAAAUGACAGAUCUAUAGACAAGAGAUGUUUAAUAACAAAUGGUUACAAUGAAUAUUUUCUGAUGAGCCUGAGUAUAAUUACAGCGAUACAUAUAUUUAUACUGAUUGGAAUUCAAAUUGCAACCUUCAAAAUGUUGUCCAGACAUAUAAAAAGACUUACAAAAAAGGGUGUUAUACCACCUAAAAUCAGUAUAUCAUAUGUACCCAUCAAACAUAACAGAAUUACUCCAGUCAGUGAAAGGACUGUGAAAGCAACCAAUCAAAUCAAAGACAACCAUUCACACCCUAAACCUAAGGAUACAUCUACUUCCUCA